AUCUAUAUCUGCUGAUGAUAGUGAACUCAAUAUUGAAUCAUUGAUUGAGAAUUUAAAGAAUGUGAUAAUAAAGAAAUUGUCUGUAUUAUAUAUAGCUGAGUCUUCUGCAUUUCUUUCUAUCUCUUUUAUCACUGUUUCUCUCUCUACUGCUCUCUCUCAAUCUUCUAUUCUUAUCUCUGUUUUCAGUUCUCUCACUUCUGCUAUCUCUGUUUCUAUAACUCUUACUCUCACUACUUCUGCUUUCUCUGCUUCUACUGUCUCUGCUUUCAUUAUCAGCUCUUUUCAUUUCAAGAAGAUAUUGUAUAGGCUUAAUAAAUCACAUUUCUCA